AGUUCAAAACCCGGCGUUAGAGGAUCGUAUGUCUCUUCGGGCAGCUCUGAAUAUCACAGAAUAGUCCUUUGUCUUCGCCAACGAAUUUCUCCCUGAUUUUUGCAAUUCUCCAACGCGAAUCCCAGGAAUUCAGCAUCUGAAAGAAACUCGAAUGAAUGAUGUCUUCAGCAACGAGAGGAAGAGGAGCUUCACGUUUUGGGAAACGCGAGGGCUCAGCUCCCAGAGGCAGAAAGCCCCUAAGAUCUCGUGAUGGCUCGCAUUCAAACUCGAGGAUAAAUGGAAAUUCUGAUCAUCCAGCACGUAUUACAGCCCGAGAUCAGGCAAUCAUCGACGAGCCACCGCAGUGGUUUGUUUCGUAUAUGAAUGUUUUCAAGAAAGAUAUGAUAACAGACUUGAUGAAAGCGCUGGACGAUAAUGUAGACGACGACGAGAGACAGCGUCGUUACAAAAAGAGUUUCUUCAGGUUGCAGACCCGUUUUCACUCUCUAGAACGCAAAAUGGAGCAGCAGAAUUACUCCCAAAGGUCUUCAGGUCCCGCUUCAUUAAUGAAUGGCCAGUAUCGACCUCCAAAUAAUUCCAGGCCUCAGGGUAAACCCCAAAACUCUCGCAGGAACGAUGAAGAAUCUUAUCCUGUCAAUAACCAGUCCAACCCUUCCUCAUCCCUGCCAGAAUCAGCUCAGGAAAAUAAAAGUGAAGAUAGGAACUUCAGAGAGCCACAGAAAAAGGACAAAUCCCCUGAAAUCUCAGAGAAAACUGAUGAAAAAGAUGAAGAGAAAAUUCCUACGGAAACUCCCAAGGAUCAGGAGAAAUUAGCUGAGUCUCGAGAAGGCCCUCAUGACCUUUCCAUGAAGACUAACCUUCCAGGAGAAGAAAGCAAGGAUCACUCCCUCUCCAAAAAAAUUAGGAGCAUCUUAAACAAGCUGACUCUCGCAAAUUUCCAGAAUCUUUUAGAACAGAUGAAGAACUUGAACAUCCAGAGUCAAGAUGAUGAAAAUGAGAUCAUCAAGCAAUUCUUCGAGAAAGCUAUUGACGAGCCCAUGUAUUCAAGGACUUACGCUCUGCUCUGCAAACAGUUCGUUUUGGCUCAGCCCAAUAUUUUUCAUCUCCGUUCGUUGAUUCUCUCCAGAUGUGAAUCUGAAUUCGAUAAACAUGAGGCUCUGGACAUUCUCAAAUUGAAGAAACUCGAGGAGCUCGAGAAAACUAUUGAUGAAUCCUCGAGAAAGCUCCUGGAAGAAGAAUUAAAACGAAUGAGCGAGGAUAAUCCCAAAGAAUUCAUGGGUGACAUUCUGUUCAUUGGCGAGCUUUACAACGAAGAUCUACUCUCCAAUAGUUUUUUACAUAAAAUCAUUCAGCAUCUGUUGCUGAGGAUCAAUGAGACUGACCUGGAAUACCUCUGCAAACUGUUGGAAAUCACAGGAAAGAAUUUUCAAUUCAGGGAUGAUGAUCAGUCGAUUUAUUAUGAUAGACUCUCUGAAAUAUCUCUGAAGGAGGGACUGAGCACACGAAUCAAAUUUAUGAUUGAAGACAUUCUCAGCGUUAGGUCAAAGGGCUGGGAUAGCAAGAGGGAUGAUGAAGAGGAUCAUCUGAUGCAGAUCUUCAGUUUCUCGAAAGUCUUGGAUAACUCCUACAGCAAUAACCAAUCUGAGAACUUCAUGGAGGCCUUCUACAAAGAGAUUCAGCCUCAAUUCAAUUUAUUCGAGUCCGCCAAUUUCACGAGAGAACUUCUAAACUCUGCUAUUGAAAGGAUUAAGCUCAUGAAUGAGUACUUCGAGGUCUUCAAGAGAGAUUCUGCAAAUAAAAUUAUUGAAUGGGUCGGGGGUGAUCUUGUGUUCCUGGAUAUUGUCAUGAGGGAAUUAAAAUUGCUGUUUGGAGAUUUCGAGGAGAUCUUCACACAGAUACCUAAUGUCUGGAAGUGUUUGAUCACUUUCUUGCAGAAAUUAAUUGGAGAAUGGCACAUGGAGCUUGGUCCUAGGAAAAUCCUUGAUCUAUUGGAAACACUGAAGGAUGAAAAACUCAGAAGGGACUUUGCUCAGAUUCUGAUCACAGGAUUGCAGGAGAAAAUGAAGACAGAAUUGGAGCUCUGGAUGGAUAAGGGAGGAGUCAACAUUGUGGAUUUCGUUAGUGUUCAAGAGGAAGUUGAACAGGAAGAUGAGAAGAAAGAAGAGGGAAAGAAAGAGUCAGUGAAGGAAGUUGAGAUUUCAUAAAAAGUAACACGUUCUUUUCUUUUAUGUCAUUGAAUUCAACGCAACAUUUCUUUCUUCUAUUUUUUUU